AUGCAAUUCAAUCCCAACCAAAUAGAAGGCCAGGAGAAGCUAAAGUUUCGAGUAAAUGAACUAGGAAAAAUUAUUGGGGAAGUUGUGGUGGAGCCUAAUUUAUGGUUCUUGCCUUUUCACAGUGCUUCCUACCUUUCCUCGAUUGUCUCGCCGAAUAAUGGAUAUAAGUGGAGACGUAGUAGUAAAUGGCUUGGAUUUGUGCUUAAGCUUGAAUCUGCUAGUAGUAGUGGUGGAAACAGAGAAAGAGGAGGACGAUGGUUGUUGGCGUGGAGAAGCGACAACAACGUGAUUUGGAGGAGCAGGUGGGGAUCGUUGUGA